CGUUCUUGUGAAUUCCAUGAAAAAGUUGGUUGAAAGACACAGAGCAAUAAAGCUAAAGCUGAUGGAAUGGGAAGAUGUGGUACGUGUUUUCAAGCGGCUGAAUAAUGUUUUCGAAAAGUAUGAAAAGUUGCCCUCGUUUAUUCUGAAACCAAAACAAGUUCAAUGUUUCGAGUAUUUAGGAGAAGGACACCACGUUAUAGCUGUUUUGCCUACUGGGUUUGGUAAAUCGUUAAUUUAUCAACUUUUACCCGACUUUGUUCCAGAACGAAAGGCAGGCAAUAUUGUACUUGUUGUCUCUCCUUUAACAUCAAUUAUUCAAGAUCAGUUAGUAAAUUUAAGUAAAGUAGGCAUUGAAUGUGGUUUCUUACAACUCGAAGACCAAGCUAAUAGCCAGAGAUACGAACCCUUGUUUGAGGAAGAUUUGAAUGAUGCAUCAAAUUCUGUUUUUAAAAUUUCAAAAAGCAUUGUUGCAGGCAAAUGUAAAAUUUUAUUUGCACAUCCAGAGUCACUGUUAUCAGAUCAGGGAAGGAAGAUAUUACGAUCAAAAAUUUAUGAGGAAAAUGUUGUGGCUUGUGUGAUAGACGAGGCGCAUUGUGUGGAAUUAUGGGGUGAAGAAUUUCGUACAGAAUUUCAAAACUUAUCAGUUUUACAAGCAUUCUUCCCUCACAGUAUCAUUUUAGCUUUGACUGCAACUGCUUCACCAACGAAAUUACGUAAUUUAAAAAAAGCUUUGAAAAUAGAAAAUUGCAAAGUGGUUACUGCAAAUCCAAAUCGUAAAAGCAUUUUUUUAAAAAAAGAAAUAAGAAUGAGUAAUUGCAAAGGUUUAGCAGGAUAUGAGGAUAUAUUACUACCUAUCGCAACAGAGUUAAAGCACAAAAAACAAAACUGCCCUAUGACACUUAUUUAUUUAAAGUUAAAAUAUUGUGGCUAUGCAUACAGAUUGUUUGAAAGAAUUUUGGGUGAGGAUCAAUAUGUUGAUCAUAAAAAACAUCCAUCUUCUCGACUUUUUAAUCAGUAUCACUCACCACAAACAAAGUUGAUGAAAACAACUAUUUUAGAAGAAAUAAAACGUGAAAACUCUAGAAUAAGAAUAAUUUUUGCCACUACAGCACUUGGUAUGGGUGUCAACACACCAUUUGUCAUAAAGAUUAUACAUAUUUCUCCCCCGUCCAACAUUGAAUCGUACAUUCAAGAAAUUGGACGGGCAGCCCAACGUGGUCAACCAGCAGAAGCAAUAUUGUAUUACAAUAAUUCAGACAUUUCAACAAAUAAAAAAAAUGUUGACCAGCAUAUGAAAGAAUUUUGUGACUUGACAACUUGUUUAAGAAGUUUUUUACAAAAUUAUUUUGGCUUCAAACACACAAAACAAGAAUUGUGUUGUUGCAACUGUGAAUUUCUAUCCUUGGAAAGUAGAAAAGCAAAAGAAGAACACCCUUUUUUGACAAAAGUUUUCUGCCUGACUUGGAAUUAUUGAUCAAUAAAUUAACAAGAGCUGAUCCAUUGUUUGCUGAUAUAUGCACUGCUAACACAUAUGCUAAAAUAAUAGAUAAUAUUGAUAAAAUAACAUCCGAAAAAGAUCUUCUUAGCUAUGGUAUAUUUGAUGAAGACAUAGCUCUGAAAAUAUAUGAACUUAUUCAACAGCAUCCUAUAUAGUUAAAACCAAAUAUUACAUAUUUACAUUAUAUAUACAUAAAUAAACACAUAUAUAUAAAAGCUUUUGAAAAUUUGACAGAAAAUAUUACCUAAUCAUUCAUUAUAUAUUUUUAAAUUGCUAGUUGUGAUUUAUGUUUUUCAAGCCAUGCAUGAUGUUCAACCACGUUUAAAUAUCUCAAUGGAGAUCUUUUUACAUUUUGGAAUGAAUAGUGAAACCGUCCUGUAAUAUGAUCGAAAGGUUUUAUUGCUAACAGAUCUUCAACCAUUUCCUUCUCGUCACUCAACAAAUCUCAAGUUGUAUGUUGUGUUGAAACAUUGUGGAAUCCUAACAGAUGAUCAUAAUUUUCAACAAUCUGCUUUAUACCAUUGACAGCUUUGCAUACCUUACUGAUUGAUUCUAGGGUUUUAUUUGGACCCAUCCUUUGUACAAUGUUUUUACUCAAUUUGUUGCUGAUCUCUUGUGCCAAAUCCUCUUCCAUAUUACAGCCAGCUCCUCCCCUCCAAUUAACAAAGAAGCCCCAUUUAAAUUGUUCUGAUAGUCUAGGUGGAAGCAUUGCUUCAAUUUGGGCUAUACUGACAAACAUCUCUAUGACAUAUUUGCUAUAUGAUCCCAGUGAUCUAAAAACGGAAAGGAGAAUUUUUUGAUUUAUUAAAUUUCUUCCUCCAUCACCUUCUUUUGCUGCAUCUUUUAAUUGGAGAACCAAGACUGUCAAAAAUGAAAUACAAAGAGAAUAGUUUUUCAAAUAGUCCUCAUCAUCUGGAAUAUUUUGAUGUUUUUGUAAUAUGUAUUCCUGAAUAAAAAGUUGAGUAACUUGUGUGAAAUACCCUUCUUUUUUAUCAUUACUUGCAUGUGAAAUAUUUUUUGGAAAUUCAUGCUUUGUAGGUUUAUCUGUCAUGGUUUUCAUGCCAAAAAACUUCAUUGCUGCAACGACUAUGUAUGACGUGCCGACACUUAAAAAUAACUCCUCACUGCUUUCGUAUGAAUUCAAUACUUUAGCAGGGGUUGCAUCUUUUCGAUUAUAUUUCUCCUUGAAAAAUUUUAAUGUUCCCCGUUCAUUUGUCGAUUCAUUUGAAAAUAAAACACCAUAACAAUAUUGGAGCAAUGAAGCCUUUGUAUGCCACAUUACUGGUUUAAAUGGGCCACAGUGCUCUAAUCGAUCAGUCGGUGUGUGUGCACCAGAUAUCAAAUCUUUGGCUCCGGCAAAACGGACACGAGUUAGCUGAUCUCCAGAGAAGGGAAUCUUCAUAUCCCUCAUUGGAUCAUUCUCUGUAUGAACGACAUGACCAUAGGUUUGUCCAGGCAUUGCAGGACCUUCUGGAAUGUGGAUUGUAUCAUCCACAUCAGGCUUAUCUUGAAGCAAACCUGCUUUAUGAUAUAUUUCAGCUAUCCAACAUUCAAAUGUCCUCAGGGCAACAACACAAUCUUGAUAGUUAUUUUUAUUAGCAUUGAUGAUUGGCAUGCUAAUAAUUUUUGAUUUUUUCUUCAUUUCUUCACUGUAUUCAUGAUUAAUAUGUUCUGGUAACACUUUCUUGAAAAAUUUAAAUUGUGUAAAAAAAUCUGCCAUUAUCCUUCCAACGAUUAUUGCCGAUGUUUUUGUAUAUUCUUCCCAUUCUUCUCUACUUGGAAUGAACCUACAACGGGAAAUUGUUCUUAAAUUUUCCUUGGGGUGGUCAUUAGGGAGGUGGUUGAAUGUGAUUCUGUUUUCUAUAAGAUUUGAAGCAAGAAGAUGAAGGUCUUCAUUGUUGAUUGAUUUUCUCAAAUUAACUAAAACUUUCAAAUCCCAGUUGUCAGUCGUUCCACGUAGCGUAAAACCACUUUUGACAAUCUGUACUGCACUUGACAUAAAAUUACCUCCAAUUAAUUUCAACAACGUAUCCCUUGAUGAAGGAGAUAAACAAUAGCCAACUUUGUUGAGUCUUUUUUGUAACUAAAACAAAUUUGCAAUAAAAAUAUAGAAUAUAAAGCAUAAUAAUUUUAUUAAACAACUAUUUAACAAUUUUUAUAACUAACCAACGGAUGUUUAUUUGAGAGGAAGUUAACCAUGGUGUGAAAUUUUUUUGUAUUGUUUGUCACAUUUUUUAACUGAUUUUUAAGAUUUGUACGACUUAUGUUAUUUAAUCAAUAAACAUGUAUUUUUUACCUGUUUGCUGCAGCCACCUUCAAUAACAAGUACUGUAUUUAUUCUUUGCAUUAAGGACAAUUCAUGCCAUCUGUGCUGCAUUAAAAUUGAGUAAAUAAAACACAAUUUUAUCUGUAGAUCAUGCUCAAUAUGUUUUCUGCCUGCUACAGCCGUCAAUAUGUCUAUUAAAAAUGGAUUAUAUUGUGUGACUUCUGACCAUAAAUUGCUUUCUUUAAAAAACAUCAUUUCGUCACAAUUCUUUUCAAACAAGACAGAGCCACCACUUUUCUUGCAUAAGUUUUUGCAUGCAGUGCUUAUUUCAUCUGUAGCAAGUUGCUUAAUGGCAUCAAUUAAUUUAGGGCAAUUAUUUUUUAUGGUAGUUAUGAUAAUAUCAAUUGUCCUUGUUUGUAAUGCAGUAAUAAUUUUCUUUUCUUGAUCUUCAGUAAUGAAGUCGUUUUGAGGUUGUUUUGUUUUGCCAAGUUCUUUAGGAAGUAUUUUUGUGUUUGACUUUAUGUCUGUUUCAUUUGUUAUGUUUAGUAAAGGCGUAAAUUUUAGAGAUUUUUUUGACUGGAAACAGUUUUUUUGGACAGGAUAAUUUUUAUUUUUAAUGUUGAUUUUUUUUGGUUUUGACUGCUGGUUUGGUGAAAAAGCUGCACAUCUUUUUACUGUUGUUUGCUGUUGUAAAUGGAUUUGUUGUUGUUGUACAUUAUUCUGGAAGUCAAACAUUUUAUUGAUAAACCUGUCACACUUUGAACAAAUUGUUGUAGGCAAUAGUUCAAACUCGGAAACGUUUAAUCCACAUGUUCUGAAUAUUUUGUGAUGUAAGGAUUUUUCCUUUCCACUUUUUGAAAAAAUUCUGGUCAAGUGAUGUGCUGAUGUUUCUUCAGCACAAAUUCGACACACUCCUUUGCCACCUUUAUAAACUUUUUUAGGCGUAGAUGGCAACAUCUUCUGCAACGAGAGAUUAACAAGAAGAGCACCUGCAACACUUCACUUCUCUCUCGAGCCAUAUUUAUGAAUGCAUUACCUAGCUGGCUAGCAACAACACCGACUACUUUUUAACAAAAAAUAUCGUAUAUUUGAAAGAAAUUCUUACUUUAGCUAAGACAUCUUUAAAAAAAGGUGGAGGAAAUGAGAUUAAAAAGGAAAAAUAAUGCUUUUUAAGGAUUUAAAACCAACAACAACAACGACGCCAUAUCUUCCGGUGCCAUAUUUGUUUAUGUAUCACUUUUAGGAUUUUUGCUGACGCCAGCUAAAAGCGUUGCAUAAUUAGGGUAACGCCGUGGGCCAAUCAGAUGCGAUACGGUGACCAGCCUGGUCCAGGGCUAUUUCGCUAGAACUAUCAGAAAGCGCAGCGCCGUUGAGAAGCAAAUAGUCCUGGGGACGAGGUUGAUAUUGGCUAUUACUGGAAACUACCCCUAAAAAUCUCUAUGAAAUCCUUAUAAUGGGAAAAAUUUAAUAACUCCUGUUAGGAUUAUUCUUGGAACUUAUAACUUGCAACACAACUUUUUUAUUAAGAAGAAUCAUUUUGCAUAAUUUGGACACGUGAUUAAUCCGAUUUACCGAUUUUGUCGGAUUUUACCCGAAGAUUGGAAAAAACGGAUUUUCGGGAAAUUUUUGGCAAUUUUUUAUGCAAUUCAUGUAAAAACCGGGAAUUAAGUUAAAUAACUUUUAUUUAGCUUUCAGAAACUUUAAACAAUAUGAUAAAAUUCGCUCUGGAACAAAAGUAAUUAAAUUUUAAGCAGAUAGUGGCAACUUUAACAAAUUUCAAGCUUCUGAUAACGUCACAGUAAUUGUGCUGACGCAAGCAAAGAUUUAUUGCUGCUAUUUUGUUCCUUUUAUGACGUGCUAUAGUGUGGCAAAUUUGAUUCAAUUUAAACAAGCCUAUGUAAAGUUAUUGAGGGUGGGGGGCGGAUUCCGCCCCCCGUCAUAGUGUGUUCGAAAAACCCCGGACCAAACAGGGUUAAAUUGGUUCGCAGUGGUAAAGAGAAAAACGGUAUGAGGAGAAAAGAUGAAAUUUCGUGUAUUAAAGCUAAUGUAACAUGAAAGCAAGUUAAUAAUUUCAAUUUCUCUAACUUUUAUUGCGGAGAUAAAUAAACAUAGCGUCACCGUAACAACUUUUUUUCGUAAAACAAAACUUUAUAACUUGCUUUUCUUUAAGGCUAAAGUUACAAAUAGCCUGGGAAGAGGACAAAUUCAUUUUAAUUUUAUAUUUUACGUUUUUAUUCUUUUUUUAGGCUACUGUCCGCAAUUUCCUUCAAAAAUCCGUUACUAAAUUGAACACAGUUGAAGGGAGUUUGGAGUUCACACCGACAGCAUUGAAAGAAAGCUUGCAAAACGUGUUGCUUUGUUAGAUGUAACCUGUACAACAUCGCAGACAUAACAGGAAGAUGCUGUCCCUUUGGAUACCUCCCAGUUUAAAACAUUUCACAUAUAUUGUAUACUUUUGUAUACUUAAAGGGAAGCAAUCGUGGUUGUACUUUUUGUUUGUAAUGUUCAGAAGACCACUCUCAUUAGUCUGAAUGAGCACAAAAAGCAGUUGAUCUGGCAGCUUACUGUCUUGGGCCUCACUGAAAGCUCAGUUGGUAGAACGUCAAGGUUGUAGGUUUCAUUCCUAACCAGUAAUUUGACCAAGGUACGAAGCUAGAGAUCUUUCUGCUGCCUCAAUGCUCAAAGUGAUGAAUGAAAGUAGUUGUCGAAUGUGUUGUAAACUUUUUGUAUGUCUUGUUUCGUGUCGUACAGCUAUAUUUUUUCCCUUUAAAAUCUUAGUCAUUUGGUAAUAUAUUUUCACACACA